AUGGCUUCCGAAUCAGGGACCUCGAGCGAACCAGCAGCCACUCAAUUUCGACUGUCACUCGCCUCCGGGGCUGAGGUUCACCACUUGGCUCUGGAACUCAUGACCAAGCAACAGUCCCUGCUAACAUCGCAAGAGGAAUGCGCUGACCUGAAGUCACUACUGGCCACCGAAAGGGAGCUCACCAAUAACCAAGACGCCAGUGUGACGAGCCUGCAGGAGCAACUCAGAGCUCUCUUAUCCACCAACGAAGCCCUGCAGGCGAAGGUCAGCGCCCAAUCCCUGGAGCUGCAAAAGGCGGCACAAGUUCCGGCACCCGUCAAGGCACCCGUCGACACACCUGUGGAGGCACCUGUCAAGACGGUCGCGACCCGGCCAGCCAAAUACGAUGAGGUGCGUCCCGACAACCACCACACGGCCCUGCUCAAGCGCCAACUCAAGAGAGCACGCCGUCAUAGACGCACCCUCAUCGCCGGCAACGCGAAGUGCCACGAACAAUUGUCCGCCCAGGAGAGCGCCAUCGAAGAAGCUGGCAUGGCCCUAGCGGCCCAGCUGGAAGCUGUCAGCCAACUUACAGCUCGCAAUGAGGCCCAACUUCGAUCGCUUGCCGCGAUGGAGAUGGAAAACAACGAACGGGACGCCGAAGUCGCCGACUUCGAGAAACAGCACGAUGCAUUCGUGGCUGACCUCAAGCGGCGGCUCUCGGAUCAGACCGCCGUUGUUGAAAAUCUCUGGUCGCAGGCGCGAGAGAAGGACGCCACCAUUGCCGAGCUGCAAGGGAAACUGAACAGCCAAGGUUCGGGUAGCCAGAAACCGGACCAUGCCAGCAAGGACAGAGACAUGGACUGUGAACUCAUGGUGGUAGAGUCCAUGUAUGACGCUCUCAUUGCAGAAAAGGACCAGGAGAUCAAAGACCUGGCAGACGAAAAGGAGUCGCUCCGGAAGAGACUCGAACAGCGCGCCAAAGAGUUCGAUCUCCAAAGAGCAGAGUUUCUCAAGCAGGCCAACACAAUUGAGAAACUCCGUCGCCGGCUCAGGCCUCGAGAAGGACAGCAACAGCCAUCUCGAGAAGGACAAUCAUCCAGAGAAGGACAACCGUCCCGAGACCAGCCCGAGUCCUCUCGGGCUACUCGAUCUUCCCGACCUUCUCGACCUUCUCGAGCCAGCCGCGACGCUCCUCUCCGCCAACGGUCCAAUGGAGAGGACCAAAGAGAACGAUAA